UGUUUAUUUUAUUCGGCGCUAUGCUCCGACACGGGCCGAGCCUUUCGACUCAGUUUUAACGCGCACGUUUUAUGAAACGACAACUAUGCGUCGAUGUUCGCUCGCCGGCGAUAAUAAUUAUUCAUAUCGGAACCGUCUCUAGCGACCGAAAUAGCGACGCGGUAAACAAAUUCGCGAUUUUAUUGCCCGGCCCUCAUUGUAACAAGGUGUUUUUUUCUUCGAUAUUUACAUUUUAUUUAUUUUUUUCAUAACCUAUUCGCACGCUCGCCGGUGGUUCGGUUGUCUCCGCGAAUCUUAAUGGUAGUUAAUCAUAGUUUAUUUUUACCGCGCAACGUGUGUUAAUAAGUGGGGCCACUUGUCGUCGUUUCUUUUAUUUCGCCAUAGUGUUUGAUUAAAACUCUACAAUUGAAUUGCGGAAGCAAUUUCGGCCGUGAAAAUAAUGUUCGCGAAUUUGUAACGCGGUGAAGAAGACAGUAAGCAUGAAGACUCAAUAAUAAUGAUUACUAUUUCAAUUUUGAUUAACAACUCCGAUGAGUAAUGAUAAAGAUAAUGAUCGAGUAGAAGUCCUGUUUUGACAGUUUUAAAUUUAAAUGUGUUCGGCGCGCUUUUGGAAGUUUUGUUAAUUUGAAGUAAGUUUUGGCGGGAACGCGAAGUGCUAAGAAGUAGGCUGCACAGAAAGUUUGGAAAAGUGUUAAGUACACAUCGGAUGCUGGCGAGUGUUUUUUCAACGCGUUUUCGAGGCUAAGCGCUAGUUGUUUGAACAAGUGUGUUUUCUAAUGGAUUUAUUUUGAGAUUGUAUUCAAAACAUCGAGGCUGGCCUGCGUCAGUCUGUUCGAGAGUACUGAAGUGGCGUGCCGCAGGGCAUCGCGCUAGGUCCAAUACACUUUUAUUGUUUUAUGAAGUGAAGUGAUCUGGGAUCAGUGUUUUCUGGAUGUGUCUCCAAAGGGAUGAAGACUAUGGUGACAACUUAGAUGAAGCGACACCAAUGGUGCAACUACCUCCAGUGGGUCCGGAGUCGGCACUGAAUUCAAACCCGGGUGGCGCCGCGAAGCCGCCGCUCAUUAACUCAUUCGAGCUGGACCGGUGUUUGGACCGGGAGGAGUCCGGCAGGUGGGGCGGCGAGGCGGCGCGGCGACGCCGGCGCAGCUCGCCCCCGCGCCGCGCCUCGCCCCCCCGCGAUCAUGAGCCUCUCGCACUUGCACGGGCCUCAGCACCAACAUCCCCGCAAGGGUCAGCGCACUCGAGCCCGGCGCCCGUGUCACCGGCAGGGAGCGCGGGCGCAGCCGGCGGGGCCCGCUCGCCACUGCCCAUGGUGGCUCCAGACCUGCUGGCUAUGCAGCUGCUAGACCAGCAUAAACAGCUCCAAGCGUUGAUGAAGCAGCGCUUGUUCCAUCAGCAUCAUAUGCAGAAACAGGUACCAGAAGAAUUGAAAUAUGGGUUCUCGGAGGCUGCUAAGCGUCAGCUGGAGCAGUCGCGGCUGCAAGAACAGAUCAAUCUCAACAUCUUGUCACAAUCUCAUCUGCCGCCGCCAGACACUUCACCAGGUUCCCUGCAGCAACAGCUGGGAGCCCAGCAACAGCAACUGGUUCAACAGUUGCAGGCGGUGCAACGUCAGUACCUGAUGCAUGGACCGUUGUCCGUGCCACCGAAUGCUCCACCAGGUUUGAUGCUAUGGGGCAGUGAAAUGGAGGAGCAUCCUCUGUUUGGGCGCGGCGUCUGCAAGUGGCCCGGCUGUGAUGCCCUCGCUGAAGAUUAUCAGGCAUUCCUAAAGCACCUGGAAGCAGCUCACACACUAGACGACAGAUCAGCGGCACAGGCGCGGGUGCAGAUGCAGGUAGUGGCUCAGUUGGAGCUGCAGCUACGACGCGAGCGUGAUCGCCUCGCUGCCAUGAUGCGUCACCUGCAUGCUGCACGGGACACUACGCAUCAUACUCCUAAGCAUCCGCAUGAUUUUUCAGGCGGUGCAUCUGAAGGAGCAUCUCCGGGGCCGGUACGGCGCCGUGUCUCCGAUAAGUCUGGAGUCGCCAUCGCUGGAGAGAUCCAACGUAACCGCGAGUUUUACAAAUCGGCUGACGUGCGACCGCCGUUCACAUAUGCAUCGCUAAUCCGACAGGCUAUAAUAGAAUCUCCAGACAAACAGCUGACUCUGAACGAGAUCUACAACUGGUUCCAGAGCACAUUCUGCUACUUCAGACGUAACGCAGCCACUUGGAAGAACGCAGUUCGUCACAACCUGUCGCUGCACAAAUGCUUCAUGCGAGUGGAGAACGUGAAGGGCGCCGUGUGGACGGUGGACGAGGUGGAGUUCUACAAGCGCCGCCCGCAGCGCGCCGCGCACGCGCAUCCGCCGCCGCUGCACGCCGGGUUCAUGGGAGCUCAAAGUCCUCCAAUGAUGACUAGUCCCCACGGGUAUAGCGAAGCCCUCAAAAGAAACCUGCAGGGCAUGAUGGAAGAUUGUAACCUGUCAUACAUGUCUGGUGAAGACCAUAUGAUGCAGUCUGAGGACUAUCCAUCCUCGCAUGACGAUUACAGCCGGCCACCAUUGCUGAAUGGCUACGGCAGCAGCAGCUCGUCCCACGACGUGAAGGCCGAGGACUUGACCAGCGAGGCUCAGGACGUUAAGCCUAACAUCUAUGCACUUAAGAAUGAGAUGCAGGCAUCUGAUUAUUCUAACAAAGCUCUCUUUCCUGUAGACUACUCGAACUCGAACAAGGAGUCAUCUAGCAACCGUUCUGGUGAGACCAGUCCUUACGACGACUACCCUCGCCCCGAGGACCGGUACCGUCCCUCGAUGUCCCACAUCAAGGACGAAGCUGAGAACUUGUCCCUCAACGAACAGAGAUCUGACAAAUAAGAUACCUUCUGCGUACAAGUGUCAAGAAGUUUCGCACACAAAAGUGUAAACGUGUAAAAGUGUUUGUGAACAAGUGUAAAUUUACACUAAUUUACACUAACACUCCAGUGUCUGGCGUUUAUUAUCACAGUAUAUAAUACUAUAUUAAUUACGGGUGUAGAUCUAUUUCAAGUUAUUAGAAAUGGUGUUCUAGAAAGUGUAAUGUGUUCACUGUUGGAAGUUUUUAUAAUAAAAAAAUGGACGAUCUCGAAAUGAGGAAUUGUAAGUUAGAGUUAACCAAAUAUUUUUUUCUUUUAUUUUUAAUUGACCCGGUUUUAACGGGGUUUUGAAGUAUUAUAGAUUUUACGUUUUUUUUUUUUUUAUUUUAGUUUUCCCUUAGGUUUGGUAGCUGAGGUAGUUAUACUUGUUAGAAAUAUUUAUAGCGUGUAAGUGUUAGAAAGAUUUUAGAUGGAACGGAUUGCGCAAAUAAUCAUUGAAUUCAACGAUAAAUAACCUUAAAAGGUCCAUAUCAAUAUUUGAAUAAAAAAUAUUUAAUCAUUAUUUGUAAUAUACAAGUAAUAAGAACAAUAAGUAGUGACUAUUGGUAUGUUAAAGUAAGCUUAAAUAUACGCCAAGCGUUUCAGUUGUUUCAACAUUUUGUGCCCAGGAUACACGAAAGAUCUCAAAACAUUACAUUUAUUUCCAAAAAAAAAAAAUAAGAGAAAAUACAUAGACCGCUUUAUUUUUUUUACAUAUUUUUUGUGAUUAUCGAUCUGAUGUAAAGAUUAAACAUGUAAUUUUAUUUUCUAUGGCGUGCCAUGAUUUUUAAUGGUACCAUUUUUCUAUUACUUCAUUAAUUCCAAGGAAUUGUUUCUAGAGUAAGUUUAGAAUGUAAAUAUUUAUCAUGGAUUGUAAAAAUAUAAAUCUUUUUUGAAAAAAAAAGUAUGAUUAAAAAUGUAGACGAGUGUAAACUUUCACUUAACUAUUGCAUAUUAAAUCGUUCAUGUUGUAGAAAAAUUAGAAAAAAUAAUACUUAGUAGUAAAAAAUCACUGUAUUCUGAUAAUCGUUUUUGUUUUGUUUAAAACCUUUGGUUAUUCGUGCAUUUUUCGAUGUUGCAUUUACUAUAAAUAAUGUUAAGUGCGUAUUAAGUUGGAUUUUGUUACUUUUUCGAAAUUAUUCGGAGAAGGGUGAAAAUAACCAUAUCACACAUUAUAUGUAUACUUACUACGUAGAAACUGUAAAAUGAGUAUGUUAAAUGUAUAUUCGACUACGCAAUAACUUUGGGAUUAAAUAAAUGUAUACAUUAUAGCGAUGUAGGUGUGUCACAUUUUUACAUAAUAUACUUUGCAUGAAAUUGUUGAAAAAUCCGUGGGCUACGGUAAAACAAUAUUCAGUUUAACCUAGAUAUAUAUUAAAGAGGUAUAUUGUUAGCAGUUUGUCAUCCGCCUAUAGCCUGAUUCCCGCCGUAUGUAUUCGAAAUUUGAAUUUUAUCGUGGCCUGACGUUCCUUCACACGCAUUCGUCACAAACCAUAGAUAUACAAUUUCUGCACACUGCAAACUUUAGUCGGACGACAGUUUGUUAGGACUUAUAAAUCAGUAUGGACAUUAAUGGUAGUAUGCAUAUAACAACGAUCAGGUUUUUGGUCGGUAAUAAUGACCCACUAAAAACUUUAGUUGAAUUCAUGAUUUUCCUUAAAAAAAUGUAUUUUUUUUCAACCUGGCCAACUGUCGGUCAACUAUCUACAGGAUAGGAUACUCUUAAUAUUGCUGACUGAUUUCCCUAAUUAAUCAUAUUUUCCCGUUUACCACAUGUACUUACGAACACGUGUGAACCAACCCUAACAGUUAAGUACAAUAGUUUCGUAUCUCGUUGUAAAUCCACGCACGAAAAUAUUUGAAAAAACUUUUUGGAAUUGAAGGAAAUUGUUUACUUGUAACAUUAUUUUUUAUAUUAUUAUUAUUUAGCGCAGCAAAAAAAAAAAUGUUUUGUGCUACACCGUUGUGCGAAUUGUUAUUUUUUAAAUAUUAAUUUUCUUGUCAAAUUAUGUUCGAAAUGGAAGAGAUGGCUGCGGAUUCGUGCGGUGUAGUGUGAAUCGGCCUUUAUUUGCGUUCCGUUUUACGUAGAUGUUCAGCAAAGGGAGCUUUUGUUCAGUGGAGCUGAUGCUCGAGCCUACACGAAUACUUUUAUUGAAUAUUGUAAAUUAUACUUACUUAGUGUUGUAUUAAACGAAAUCAUUACAAUUA